AUGCCGCGCAGUGGCCCCCGGGUUCUGCUGGCAGGAAAAACAAGAGAUGAGCGUCGCCGUUUGCGCGCUGGUGUCAGCCUACGAAGCUUCACUAUCAGCCAAGGGACAAGGCGGCGCUAUGAAUCAGCAGUCGGGCUGAUAUUGCCUUUUUUGGAAGAGCAUGGGCUGUCUGAUUGCGACCAGCUGGUGUCAGAGUGGGUCGAAUGUCAAUGGGUGCGCGGGGAAUCUGUUAAUGUGAUCGCUGACUGCCUCAGCGGGCUUCAUUUCUUUCUUCCGGAGCUGAAAGGAGCUUUGCGGCAGUCGUGGAUUGAAGCCCCCAGCCGAGCACCCCCACUGACACCGGAGCUGGUCAAAGCAAUUGUCGCCCGAGCAGUUGAUCAGAACCAUUUGGCGUUUGCUACCAUGGUUGCUAUUGGCUUCCACGCUUUGCUGAGGACUGGUGAAUUCCUUGCCCUGCAGUUUCAGGACGUGGAGUUUGCUACCUCCUGCGGAGUGAUUACCUUGAAAAGUUCCAAGUCGGGACUGCGCCAUGGUAGCGAAGAGGCCGUGGCCAUCAGAGAUGGCUUGACGCUGUCCCUGCUGGAGACCUUGUUUUCCGUGCAGGAACAUGGAUUCCGGCGGCGGACAGGCCUCGCAUUGAUUUUUGGGCUUCGCAUUGCCCGAAGACGGCUUUUAAGCCGUGAAAGGGCCCGUGGAACAGAGGUGGUAUCCCCGGCUCAAAGAGCACCCAUCCCUUCCCCCCCGGUGCUGAGUUUUCUCUUCUCGUGCGCUGGGCUGUGGAACAGAGGUGGUAUCCCCGGUGGAAUCAAGAUGCGGGCUUUCAUCUUCCAAGGCCCAGGAGACAGCGCAGAGGAUUUGAAGUUCGUUGUUGCUGGCAUUCCCAAAUGGCUGGAAUUUGGCCUCUACGAAUACCCAGGACACGGUUGGCGUGCCAGUGAGGAGCCGGCGAAGGAUUUCGAGUCCCUGGCCAAGGAUGCCCUGGAAGCCAUCCUGCCGGCCAUUGAGGAGUUGAUCGAGGGCGCCAAGUACGAAGGUGCUCCCUUCGUUUUCAUGGGCCGGUCCGUCGGCUGCCAGCUUUUAGUCCAUCUGUCCAAGACGAUCCUUGUAAAGUAUGGCGUGGGGCCCAGUGCGGUGGUGGUCACCGACCGAGCGCCACCCAGCGUGCCACUGCUGUCUGAGCAGGGACAGAAGGAGUUGAAGUCGGAUCCCAACAAGGUGGUGAAGGCUUUCAACUGGUCCAAUUUUGAGCUCAUCAACAAGAAGGUCUUUGCCAGCGAUUUGGCCAUUGGUUGUGAAACCUUGGACGCCUUCUACCACAAGUUUGAGUGCGACAUGAUGCUGCUGAAAGGCCAACACGAUGCCUUCUGCGAUGCCGGAAAGAAGAAGAGCAAGUACAAGGCUGUGAACUUGAAGAUUAAAGGCAAGGAGGAAACCCUGGACUUGCCAGCUGAAUCGGAAACCACGGUGGGCGACAUGCUUCAAGCGGUGGACAAAAUGUUCAGCUAUCGCAUGGGUGCGAAGUUGACCGCCUUGACACCCGAGGGCACAGCGCUGAAGGCCGAUGCCACGGUGCCCAGCGCCAUGGUCAUCGAUGGCUUGCAGGA